AACUUGGUGAUAAGGUUCAUUGAUAGCGAGUGUCGCUCUACAUAUAAGUCGCGAGAGAUCGAUACCUUGAUCACUUCAGCUUUUGGGAAUUCAGUCCAGAUUUGGAUAUUGGGAAAUCGAUAUGAAGUACCUGGGGAUCGGACUUCUGGUUGUGGCCCUUGCUGCUUUCAGCUGGGGAGCCCCUGAGGACCAUUCGAGGGUGAAGAGGAUCUACGACAAUGAGUUGGUGAAGUUCCUUGAUGUGAAGCUGAGGAAAAUUCUCAGGGAGGGCAAUGAUACCUUGAGCGUACCGAUCAUUGAUCCAUUUUACAGCAAGGAAUUGCCUCUUGAAAUCAAUCAGGAGAAAGUAAAAGUCAAUGCAGUCAUCAAAGAAUUACACGUGGAUGGACUUGCUGGGUACAUAGUGGAUCUCGCUAAAAUCAGUAUCUCCGGGAAAGUGAGUUUCGACCUCACAUUUCCCGAGAUCAAGUCCACUGGAACAUAUUCGCUCCAGGGGGUUGUCAUGGAUGGUAUCGAUGUCUACGGAGAUGGAGAAUUCCAAGUAUCAUUGAAAAACUUCACAAUCAAGACAGUAAUCGCUGUGAAUAUCAUCGGUGAAUUGAAAAUCAAGUCAAUCAAUUUGAAAAUCGGCUUAGGAGCCCUCGAUCUCAAAGCGACUGGAAUUUUCAACGACGAGAACACCUCGAUUCUUCUCAGCGAAAUCAUCUCGGAUAUGGCACCUGAGCUGAUUUUGGACUAUCACGACCAGAUAACCACCCCCGCGUCUGCGUAUCUCGUGGAGAUUAUCAAUGUCUUACUCGCUGGAAAGAGUCUUAAGGACCUCAUAGGGAUAAAAAUUAAAAAUUUUGUGGAUAUAGUUUGGGAGAUCUACGCAACUCUUUCAUAUCGAACAUGUUGUUUCCUAAUUGCAGAAGCUAGGAUGAAGUACUUGGGGAUCGCACUUUUAAUUUUGGCGAUUGCUGGCCAGAUCCUCGGUGAAAAUGUCGCUGAAGAACGGGACUUACGGGUAGAAGCGAUCGCAGCGAGGAGCUUCAGCUCGAAGCUUCGGAACCUCCUGCAUGUGGAGCUGAGGAGAAUGCUGAAGGAAGGUCAUCCUUCCAAUGGAAUCCCUAUCAUGGACCCACUGAAUCAGGAUGUGCAUGCCUUCCAGAUCAAUAACAAAUUCGCCAAGGUACAAGGAGUCUUCUAUGAUCUAUACAGCAAUGGAGUUGCUGGUUACAAAGUUGAUCAUGCUGACGUCGGCUUUUGGUCGAAAAAGGCAACAUUCCAGCUGACAUUUCCACGAAUCUACUUCUCAGGAAACUACUCUCUCAACGGGGUUGUGCUGCAGAAGAAUAUUUACGGAAAUGGAGAAUUCCAGGCAACAGUGAAAAAUCUCAAAGUCCACGCAGUAAUAGCUCUCCAAUUUAUACCUGUCAGUGCUAAAUCCAUGAAGCUCACUAUCUCCUUGGGAGCCCUCGACUUCAAUGCCACUGGAUUGUACAACAACAAGGAGACCUCCAAAAAUUUCAGCGUACUCAUCUCAAAAAGGGCACCACAAUUUAUUGCAGAACAUCACAAUGAGAUCACUAAUUAUCUCUCCCCAAUUCUUCUUAAAUAUAUCAAUAGUGUCCUUUAGAACAUGUCGGAAUAUUUGAUCUGCGUAAUUAAUUGCGGAAUAUUGAUAAGAGUGAUUUAAUGUAUCACUUAUUAAUCGAUCGAUAGUUCUUGAUUUGUAUUAGAGAUUAAUCAAACACAAUUAAAGAACAUGAGAUAAAACUUUG